GCUCGGCCUUCCGCGGGACGGGGAGGCGGGAUGUGUCACCCAAAUACCAGAGAGUGAGUCGGUGGCCGAACCAGCCGGGCAGGUCCAGCGAAGUAUAAGAGAGGGAGGGAGCGGCCGGCGGCAGACAUCCGGAGACUGUCCCAGACCGCGGAGCCCAAGCCUAGCCGAGCGUUCUGCGCCGCGUCCGCCAGUGUCCCGUCCGCGCUCCUCGGCCCCACCAUGGCCCGGGGUCCCGGGCUAGCGCUGCCGCUGCUGCUGCUGGCGGCGGUGACACGCCACACGGCCGCGCAGCCAAACUGCACGUGCCCCACCAACAAAAUGACCAUCUGCGGCCCCGAAGCCCCUGGCGGCCGCUGCCAGUGUCGGGCGCUCGGCUCCCACCACCUGGUCGACUGCUCCACGCUGACUUCCAAGUGCCUGCUGCUCAAGGCGCGCAUGAGCGCCCCCAAGAGCGGCCGCGCGCUGGUGCGGCCAAGCGAGCACGCGCUGGUGGACAACGACGGCCUGUACAACCCGGAAUGCGACGACCACGGCCACUUCAAGGCCCGCCAAUGCAACCAGACGUCGGAGUGCUGGUGCGUGAACUCGGUGGGCGUGCGCCGAACCGACAAGGGCGACCUGAACCUGCGCUGCGACGAGCUGGUGCGCACGCACCAUAUCCUGAUCGACCUGCGCCACCGCCCGGCCGCCCGCGCCUUCAACUUUUCGGACCUGGAAGCGGACCUGCGUCGGCUAUUCCAGGAGCGCUACCGCUUGAGCCCCAGAUUUGUGGCGGCCGUGCACUAUGAGCAGCCCACCAUCCAGAUCGAGCUGCGACAGAACGCGUCGCAAAAGGCCCUGGGCGACGUGGACAUCGCCGACGCCGCCUACUACUUCGAGAGGGACGUCAAGGGCGAGUCGCUGUUCUCGGGCCGCGGCAACUUCGACGUGCGCGUGCGCGGCGAGCCCCUGCAAGUGGAGCGGACACUCAUCUACUACCUGGACGAGAAGCCCCCCCAGUUCUCUAUGAAGCGCCUCACCGCCGGCCUCAUCGCCGUCAUCGUGGUGGUCGUGGUGGCCAUCGCUGCCGGCGUGGCUGUCCUGGUGAUCACCAACUGGAGGAAGUCAGGAAAGUACAAGAAGGUGGAGAUCAAGGAACUGGGGGAGUUGAGUAAGGAACCGAGCUUGUAGGUACUCGGCGAGGCAGUGGGGUGGGGUGGGGUGGGGUUCCAGAUUUCACGAUCGUCCCAGACCAAGGGAGUCGCGUCACGCUUCUCGAUUCUUGUCUUAAAGGAGACAUCCCCCACCCCCCACCCCAACUCUGUCUUCUCCCCCUUUUCCCACACUCCUCCCUCCCACCUCCAACUAAGUAGAUCCUGGAUCCAGGAUUACCUCUCUUUCUGACGUCUGUUUUGGAGGAAACAUUUCUAAAAUUCCUUUUGAUCCUACAAGGAGAAACCUGACUUAGAGUUAAGGAAAGGAUGGUUGGGAUACAUAUAAGGAGCAAGCAUUGUUUACAAGCGAUGGAAUCGAUUUAGAAAGCUUAAAUGAGUUUGGAUGGGAAACAGCACUUGUACUGUUUUGUGUUAUUUGAUUAGCUCCACUUGUAUCGUGGCCUUCCUAAUGGGAAGAGGAGUUAAGUGGGCCUAUGUAGUAGCCUCAUUUUUCUUCUCUCUCGUUUGUAUUACUGACCGCAUAUGUUUGUCACCAGGAAAGGAUCUUGUUACAGCUGUCUGAACACAUUUUAGAUGUCUUUGUUCGAGGGCAGACUCUGUCCUAGAAACUCAGCGUCUAUUCUUCAGUUUGCCCUAGUUACAGCCUGUAUUAAUAAUGUUUUCUUUUGUAAAGUGUUUGUACAUAUAUUGUCUUUGAUAAUGUUGUGAUUUUUUUUUAAAAAACAUGAAUUUAAUAAAAUAUGUAAAAAGCA